UUCUUCAGGGGGACGACUUUUAUCUUCUACUAAAAAGAAGGGGCUGAAAGUUUACGAGCUAAAUAAAGUUCUGGUGAAGUGGGAUGUAUUAUACGUAGACCAUUCUUCAAUAUGAUAAAAGUACCAACUCUAGUGUCGCCCGCUUGGAUUUCAGAGCAGAUCCUCUCCAAAGUGAAAAAUCUCUGCAUCCUUGAUGUGUCUUGGCAUCUUCCGAUAUUCAAACGGGACCAGCAGGAAGAGUACCUACAAGAACACAUCCCGGGUGCCCAGUUCUUUGACAUUGAGAAAUGUGCAAGACCUAGUGAAGAUACCCAGAAGCUCUCACACACCCUUCCUACAGCAGAUUUCUUUGCUGAGUAUGUUGGAAAUCUUGGAAUCGAUAAUGAGAGUCAUGUGGUAGUGUAUGAAAAUAAUGCCAAGUUUGGAGCCUUCUCAGCACCUCGUGCCUGGUGGAUGUUCUGCAUCUUUGGUCACGCUAAGAUAUCCAUCAUGGAAGGAGGGCUCCCUCUGUGGAUCAAGGAGGGACGUGAAACAACUGAUAAAAUUCCUCUAACCGAACGGUCUGUGUUCCAGGCUUCAUUCAAUGCAGAUUUAUUCAAGACGUUUGGAGAUGUUGAGAGAAACUUGGAAGAGAGGAAGUUUCAGGUUAUGGAUGCAAGGCCGGAAGGAAGAUUCCAAGGCAUCCAGCCAGAGCCAAGACAAGGUGUCGAGUCUGGUCACAUGCCCAACUCCUUCAAUGUCCCAUUUACGAAGAUGAUGGAAGAGAAAGAUGGAACAUUAAAAUUUAAAUCCCCUGAUCAACUCAAGAAGACUUUUGAAGCAGCAGGGUUGGAUAUGUCAAAGCCAAUCACAGCAUCCUGUGGGUCUGGUAUUUCAGCCUGCAUCUUGGCCCUUGGUGCGCAUCUUGCCGGCAUGGAGGGCGUGGCUGUUUUUGAUGGUGCUUGGGAGGAAUACUACUUGAAGAUGAAGGAAAUUAACCCUGAAAACAUUUUGAAAGGUUGAAGAAAGAAAUUGAAUCAAAUUUUGGUUUUUAAUAUUGAAUUACAGCAAGGGAAGUAGAGGGUAGUUUUCAAUUUCAUACAUCUCUUUUACUGUUUGCACAAGACUUAUUUUUAUGAUUUUGCUGGGUUUUGUUUUACAUUGUACAAAUUUUAAUCCAAUUCCUGUUUGUGGUUAAUGCAUUGGGCAUGUAGAGGAUAGUUUAAAAAUGCUAACAACUCAUAUCCAAAAACUUUAGUACAAUAAUUCAUUGUAUAAAUUUGCCCAGUUUCUCCCCUUUGUACAAAUUUGUUGUUCUACAAAGUAUAUUUUUUUACAUAAUGGAUAUAGGUGUUAUUAAAAAUAAGUGGUGGGUAGCCGUGUUAGUCGGGCAAUUGCAAAGUGAAAAACAAAUGUACCACUUUAAAGACUACAUAGUAAUAAAUAAGUAUCUGCAUGAGCUUUCAUAUCAACAACUAUUUCUUUCAUCAGAUGCAUUUGAAGAAAAACAACUUCAACCAAGGUGAAGGUUUGUCCAGGACAGUCUUAACAAAGGGUGGUAAUGAGUCAGUGCUGUAGUGUGACUAAAGGUCAGAUUCCUAUUUAGUGUUUAUAGGGGACAAUAAAAACUGAUUUAUUCUACAAAGUAUUUACACAGUAUAUACAUGUAGUGUUAUUGGGGAGCAAUCAUGGUGGUUGUUUCUACCAUGGUUCUACUAAUGUGUUUUGCAAGCUGCACAAAUAAUAAGGGGGCCUAAGUGUGAAAAAACACUACAUGUGCAUCGUUAAAAAUGUAUGUACGUAUGUGUAAUUUGUACACAGUUUUUUGUCGAACUAAAAGAGAAGGAAAACAAUUUGAAAUCACUAUCAGCUGAGAAGUUGCAUGUAGACGUAGAAAGAGAAAGAGAUUUAAAUCUUGCUUAUUCAUCAACCAUGGGCAUGAAGAGGAUGCAGUGACAUGGGCAUGAAGAGGAUGCAGUGACAAAAUUACAAAUUAAUUAUGCAAAUUUUCUCUUCCGAUCGAAAUAGGAUGGAAAGUAUAAAAAUACAUAAUCAUUGCAUUAAUUGAAGUGAAAUAAAGUUGUUUAAACUUCA